UUAAAUUCCGCCAAUCGGCUGGAACUUGUGUAACACGCUUCCGUUUCCGAGGAGACGGAAGCGUGUCUUCCUGUUUGGCAGAAGGAGGAAGCAAGACGUGUGAAAUCUCACAUGUGCUUGUUGUUAUGGGUGCCAUGCAGUGAUAUUUCUGUAGUGGUGUGUCCAUGCCUGUCAGAGCCAGCAUCUUCCUCUUCUGUUUAGUUUGGAUAACUAUGGCCCAGCUUUUGGCACAAGAAGAAAAAGAAAAAACUACUGCACUAAAAGAUUUACUGUCCAGGAUAGAUUUAGACGAGCUGAUGAAAAAAGACGAACCUCCACUGAACUUUCCUGAAACUCUGGAUGAGUUUGAGUAUGCCUUCAAUGAGCAUGGUCAGUUGAGACACAUACACACAGGGGAGCCAUUUGUCUUCAACUAUAAAGAGGACCUGCAUAGAUGGAACCAGAAAAGAUAUGAAGCGCUGGGAGAGAUCAUUACAAAGUAUGUUUAUGAACGCUUGGAGAACGAUUGCAACCUGAAGAAGGAGAUCCUCCCUGUUGAUGCAACUGAGGAUGAACCAAAAAGCUUUAUUUACAUGAGCGAGGAUGCCCUCACUAACCCAGAGAAGAUCAUGGUUCUCAUCCAGGGCAGUGGAGUGGUAAGGGCAGGCCAGUGGGCUCGGCGCCUCAUCAUUAAUGAAGACCUCAACAGUGGGACGCAGAUACCCUUCAUUAACCGUGCCAAAGAGGAGGGCUACGGGGUGAUUGUGCUGAACCCCAACGAGAACUCUCUGGAGGUGGAGAAGGUUCCAGAUCCAGCCAAGAAACCGUCCCCGGAUGCCUCUGAUGAGCCGGCUGAAAAGAGAGAGAGGAAGGAAGAGCGGGAGAACAAGAAAAAGAAGGACUUUUAUGAGAAGUAUCGCAACCCACAGAAGGAAAGAGAGAUGGAGCACAUCCCGAUACGAGAAAACAGCAGUCCUGAGGAACACACACUCUAUGUGUGGGACCACUUCAUCUCUAAAUCACUUGCGAAAAACGUCUUCAUCGUGGCACACAGCUAUGGCGGCUUGUCAUUUGUGAAUUUGAUGAUUCAGCGAGAAGCAGAAGUGAAGAAUCAUGUCCGUGCGGUGGCCAUGACUGACUCUGUCCAUAACGUCUGGCACCAGGAGGCCAACAAGUCCAUUCGGGACUGGCUCAGAGAGCACUGCUGUAACUGGGUGUCGAGUCCUGAGCCCCUGGAUACUCUGGUGGAUCCCAUGCUUAACGAUUGCCCUCGUGUUUCAGCAGGUACUGAGAAGCACGAGUUAACAUCUUGGAAGAGCUUCCACUCCAUCUUCAAGUUCUUCAGCGAUGCCCUUAAGGACCACGAGGAUGAGUCCUCCUCCAGUCCGGUCACCACACGCAGCUCCCACCGCAUAAAAAACGAAGACUUAUAGAUGGCUCACAGAUCCCAAACCAGAGCCCACCUUCGUUCCCUCUUAGUUCUUUUUCUCCUCUGUUCUUUUUAUGAAAAAUAUUCCUCCUUGAAACCCUCCUCCCAGUGAAUUGUACAACUCUGAGGAGUGCAGGGUCAGCCUGUAUACAUCAGAAUAGCGUUUUGCAUUACUUCUGGAUGAGUGCAACUGUCAAAGCAAUAUGGCUUCACUGCUUGUGCCUCCUGUGGGCCGCUGUGUGGAUUUGGUGGUGGCCCAUCGGUGGCAAGAUUAAGGCUGACAGGCGGCGCCGCACACCGCCUCUUGAUGCACCUCUAAUUAUCCUGACAUUGUCCUGAACUGAGCUAAUGCCUGGGAAGCACCUGCACACACACACACAAGUCUGGUGGGUCCUAGUGCCUGCCUGCAAAGUCUUUAUAUCGCUCUUUGGUUUCCCCCGUUGUUUCAUUGUUUCUUUCCAGGGUCUCACUUGCAUUUAAAGAACUUGUGCGCUUAGGAACUUUGUGUGUCAGAUGCUAAAUGCUUACGGGUUGUUUGAUUCAUACACAUAACACUUUAACUUGAAAAAAGCAACUUGCAGGAUCAAGCAUCCAUUCAAUGGCUAUCUCAAGACUAGAUUUGGAAUGAACACAAUGAAGUAAGCCAUUGACAGCGUGACGGAUUGAAUGAAUCCUCCCCUGUUUUUAAAUCCCUUAAAACCUUGUGCGAGCAUGAGUUUUAGGAAUAUCUCCCUUUGACAGAGCAGAUAUGUCAGUCUUGGAAUAUCUUCGUAUGUGUCAGGAUCAGGACGAUUUAAUGAUAUCCAAAGUAUAAAAGCCAUAACUUAAGAUGUUUGCAAAUGUAACCUGGCCUUUUUGCAAAGUCCAUGACUAUUUGGACUGUUUUAACACAUCAUUGUCAUCCUCUGCUAAAGCUAAAGCAUGUUAUGUUACUGUCUCAGCAAAGACAAGAGACAUUGUCUCCUGGACAAUUUGGUAUUAGUGGAGGCUUAGAGAUCUGUCAUUCAGGCAUGUCAACAGAUCACUCUGCUUUCACUUAGAAAUUAAUCUCAGAGUAAAAGGCUGUUUUGGUUUCAUCACUUUUUAGAAGUAUCAUUGCGAUUUCAUAUUGCUGAAGGUAAUCAAUGUCAGUAGUUCUAGUGCUUUAUACAUAUUCCAUGUUACUAUUUUUUUUCAUUAUUCAAAAUAGAGAUGUGACUACACCUGACAAAAUGCAAGACCCCAUGCAGAGGCUUUUGUGUUAUAACUGUUUUUACAAUGAAUUAAACUUUUAAUAUUCCUGCAAAUAUUCAUUAGUUGAUCAACUGCAAGUUGCUUAUACUGUCUAGUUAAAACUGUUCAACUCAGAUCCCAAUAUUGUUGCCAAAGGAAUAAACACAAAGUUCAUCUUUAUUUGAUUUUUCAAAAUUGACAAGCCAUAUGUGAAUAUUUCACUCGCGUUUAAUACAGCCUUAAACCAAAUCGAAAACUUAAUUGGUUUGUAAAUAAAGACUAAUUUUAACAAUUAAUAUUUUAAUCUACGAUAUUCUACGUUUUACUGAAACAUCCUAGUCUGAAAUGAUAGAAGUGUAAGAUGUUUUCUAGGUUUUCUGCCUUUUUUAUUCGCUUUCGAGGGUUCAUUAGAUGAAAACGUGAUUAGAUAUUUUAACUUUGAUUUCACUUUUCAUAAAGCGGUCAAAUAUGUUAGUCUUUCUUCUUUGAAUUAAUGGCAGUUUGUGCCCUGAUUGAUCGUCAGUUUGUUUUCAUAUCAUGUGAGUGUAAUAUCUACAUGUUGUAAUUAAAUAAAAUUCUUUAUAAUAGGAUAAUAAAAAAAAAAAACUUUGA